AUGGGAGCGCGGGGCCGGGGCGGGGCCGGUAGCCCAGCGCGGCGAGGUGCCCUCGGGGCGGCGGCCGCGGCGAUGGCUCCGGAGCGCGGGGCCCGGCCGCCCCCCGCCGGGCCGCCCCCCGCCGGCACCGAGGGGCUGCCCAGGGCCUUCCUGCAGAGCCUGCGCACCCUGUUCGACAUCCUGGACGACCGGCGGCGGGGGUACGUGCACCUCCGGGAGAUCGAGUCCCGCUGGCAGGGGGCGGAGGCUCGCGAGCUGCCCGCCGGUGUGCUGGAGGGGCUGCGGCGGGCGGCGCCGGCCAGCGGCUACCUCACCUUCGAGCGCUUCGUCCUGGGGCUGCGCGCCGCGCUGCCCGGCGCCGACGGUGGGCCCCCGGUGAAGGGACGAGCCCCGGGGCGCGGCGGCGGCGAGCCGCGGGCGGCGGAGAAGGAGAAGGAGAAGGAGAGGGAGAGGGAGAGGGGCCGCGGCACCGCCGUCAGCGCCUCGCGGAGCCUGGAGAAGCUGCCGAGCCCCUGCGGCGCCGAGGAGCGGCGGGGGCAGAACGCGGGACACCGGGAGCCGGAGCCGAGCCAGCCCCGGGCGCGAGGUAUUGAUGUUAAGUCUGCUGGGCAGUCCCAGGGAGAUGGUGGCCAUGGAGGCACUGGGGACGUUCGGAGACAUCAGAGGGGACAUGCAGAACACCGAAGACACACUAUCGCCAAUGGUGUGGAUUUUAGCAUGCUGAAGUAUAUGAAGGAGCUGGAGCAGGAGAAAGAUUUCUUGCUUCAGGGUCUGGAGAUGGUUGAACGUGCCCGUGAAUGGUACCACCAGCACAUCCACUUCAUGCAAGAACGCCAGAGACUCCUGGGAAAAAACAAAACCAGUACUGACUUCUUCCCUGAUGGCAACCAGAGCCACCUGGGCCACCUGCUUCCCAAGCUGCAGGAGGUGAACCGCUGCCUGGGUGACCUCCUCUCUGCCAUGGGCAAGCCAGGGAACCCUUCCUCGACUCUGAGCAGGCUGGCCCCCACGGCCCCCGUGGUGUCCCCAGCCUCAGCGGGUUCCCAGCAAGCCAUCAAUAUGCUGAAAGAGCAAAACCGACUUCUCACCAAGGAGGUGACCGACAAGUGUGAACGCAUCACCCAGCUGGAGCAGGAGAAAUCUGCUCUGAUCAAGCAGCUCUUUGAGGCUCGUGCCCACAGCAACCAUGAAACAAGCCAGCUGGACUCCACCUUCAUCUAGUGCCUGUCCCCCAGUACUCUUCCUGGCCCCGCACUUGAGCUUCCCCAGAGGGGUUUGUGGGGCUGGGACUCUUGCCCUAAAACCAUUACAUUCAUUGCUCCAGGUGUGGAGCUCUCAAGAGCUGUGGAGGUCUAGAACUGCCCGUGGCCUCCCUGUGGGAGUAAGCUGGGGACAGCACUUCCCCAACCCUGCUUGGGCAGGCCUGGGGAGUCUACCCUCCCUGCUGUGCUUGGCCAGCAGCACUGCUUGCAAGCCACUCCUUUUCUAAAACUGACUGCAGUGACUACUCCCCCAUCCCGUGAUCCCCAGUGUGUUGGGGGAAACAAACGCUACCUGUGCUGUGUGCACGGGGAGAGGUGGGGGGAGAGCUGCUGUACUCUUGGCCUGACUUAGGCUGAAUUCUGGCUGCUCUUAGAAAAAGAUGAUGCAUCUUGAACACUCCAUCUUGAACAUUUCCAGGCAAGCCUGGUCAUUGAAAGGUACCCUGUCUGUUGCUUGUUCCUCUGUCAGGGGACAAGAUUAAAAAUCAGUAAUGGGGCAUACCUAGCUCCUCCCUGCUGUCUGUUGGUGGAACCAGACUGGGCUAGAGCAGUGCCUGAGCUGGUGCUCCUCCUAGGGCAAUCUCUUUCUUCAGUUUGAUGUAGUGAUGCCAUAGUUGCUGUUUAUAUGUCUGCAGGCUCCUAUAGUUAAUGAGCCAUAGACCCAAAUGAGGUAACCAUGUACCUCUGAGCUGCUGUUUCAGGCUGUUUGCAGAUUGAGGCAGAUACCUCUAUGUCACUUUAUUUUGUUUGACCUGGUAAGCAUUUGCUUAUAAGCCUGUCAGUCAUAUUUUUUCAUGAUGACUUUAGAAGGACAAUAACAGAAGCCUGAUUUCACAUUGGGGCUUUAGGACUUGGUUUCUUGAAACUGAAUGUGGGUGAUGAAGAGGAAGCUGCUAGGCUCUUUCUUUGUACAUCUCCAAGUGGAGAAAUGGGAGCUUUGGGUGACCUGGUAGUAUAUGCAAGCUACCUGGGGUGACGUCCUGGGUGUGAACUGAAUCCUUCUCCAGCUCUAUGGGGUGGUGGUCAUGUUAGACUGGUGUGUCUCAGGACACCUCCUCCUUCCCACCCAGCUCAAUGAUGAGGCUUGAGCUGUGGCUUGGUACUUGGUACUUAUGGUACAUUCAUAGGAGAUCCAUAGGAAUUCCCAUGUAUCACAGUCCUAGUCCUUUGUAGCUCCAGGACCUUUCUCUUCAGCAUUGUUUGUGCUUGGACUCUACUGGCACAAUGCACUGAGCUGGGCAAAAGGUUCUGGACCUGCCCUGCUUUAACAGGUUUAGCUCUGUUGGACUGGGAACUGUAAAAACCAGUUCCUCUCCCACUCCUGGGAAGAUGUUUCUACCAGUCCAGUGCUGUCUGUCCUACCCAGCUCCUCUCUGAGCUUCAUCUCGACCUGAAGCUCACUGCAGGGCAUUUGGUCAUAGUUCUUCCUUUGUGCCUACUGCCCCCUGCCAGAGUGGGGAUCAGCAGAGUGUCGGGGAAAGGAAGAAGGAGCAAGGCCAUGGCAAGUCAUGUCCUGUAUCUGUAGGAGUAUGGUGUUAGUUAUCCCCUGGGCAUCGGUGCCUGCCGUCUCUUUGAUGUCUCCUCUGGUGCCCAGUCCCUGUUUUGCCUGAGGCUGAAGGAAAAGUGUCUCUCUUCAUAAUCUGUCUUUAGGAAUAAUAAAGUGGGGUGAACUGCUUAGUUUAUCCUUCUGUUUCUCUGA